AAAAUGGAGGAGAUGGAGGCGAAGAUACGGAGCUUGAGAGAGGAGGAAAUGGCGUAUUUGGGGAGAAUCGAGAGCGAUUACAGAGAGCAGCUGAAGACGCUGCAGAGAGAGGCAGAGAGCAAAGAGGCGAAGCUUGUGGAAGCUUGGUGCAGCAAGCAUGCGAAAUUGGGGAACCUUGUGGAGCGAAUCGGAGGCCAGGGACAUGGAUGAAGCUCUGCCUCCAUGGCCAUGGCGGUCGAGUAAAUGCAGGUUGGUUUUCUCUCUGUACUGUUUUUACACAGACUGUUUUUGUUGGGAACAAUUAGAACCAGAAGAAAGAAGAAAGUAAUAAAGAUGAAACCAUCUCUGUUCCAAAUGGGGCCUCCCUAAAAACUCUUCUGAAUUUGCCCUUUAAAAAAAAAUUGAAGCAAAAUAUAGUUUUUUUUCUUCUUUUUGUUUUAUUAAUGUUAUGAUAACAUUGAUGAUAUAUUAGUUAAUUAAUAAAAAUGUAAUUGAAUUAGCCUGGAUUAGUAACUAUUGUGGCUUGAAUUGUGGAUGAACAUUUAUGUGGAAAUUAAUCACAAUGGACUUAAGUUGGAAAAAGUA